GCUCUCUCUCUCUCUCUCUCUCUCUCUCUCUCUCUCUCUCUCUCUCUCUCCCCAGAUUACAAGCACAAGCUUCUUCCUUUCCUAUCCUCUGAUCCUCUCCGGCCUGCCUUUUGUCUGUCCAUCCCAUCCCAUCCCAUUCCAUGGGUUCCCGCUACGAGGUGGAGGUCACGGUGGCCUCCGCUCGCGACCUCAAGAACGUCAACUGGCGCUACGGCGACCUCAAGCCCUACGCCGUUGUCUGGGUCGACUCCGGCGCCAAGAGCUCCACCCGCGUCGAUCUUGACAACGGCGAGACCCCCAACUGGGACGAGAAGCUCGUCGUCCCGCUCCCUCCCGCCUCCCGCAUCGAUGACGCCGUCCUCUACAUCGACGUCGUCCACGCCAACGCCGCCGAGGGGGUCAAGCCGCUCGUCGGCUCCGCGCGCCUCCCUCUCCGCGACGUCCUCGACGACGCAGGACUCGGGGGACGAGCAUCGCGCAACCUCCGCCUCAAACGCCCCUCCGGCCGCCCCCACGGACGCCUCGACGUCCGCGUCGCCGUCAAGGAGCCAUCGCGCUACUACGACCCAAGCCCCUACCCGGCCCCGGCCUACUCCUCCUCCCAGUCCCGUGACCCCUACGGCUCAGGCGGCGGCUACGGCUCAGGUGGCGGCUACGGCUCAGGCGGCGGCUACGGCUCUGCCGGCGGCUACGGUGCCGGCGGUGGGUACGGCUACGGCGCCGCUCAGCCGUACACCGCCGCGCCUCCGGCGGGGUACCCGUCCACCUACGGCUCCGCGCCACCGCCUCCUCAGCCGGCGUACGGCGCUCCUCCAGCACCUGCGUACGGCGCUGCUCCUGCUCAGCAGGCGGCGUACGGUGCUGCACCUGCGGUUCAGGACCCGAAUAAGAAGAACAGCAAGAUGGGGAUGGGGACGGGGCUGGCUGUUGGCGCGGCGGCGGGCGUGCUGGGAGGGCUGGCGCUGGCGGGCGGGGCGAGCUUCCUGGAGAACAAGAUGGAGGAGCACGUGGCGGAUAGGGUGGAGGACAACCUCGAGCGGGAGAACUCCUACGGCGGCGGUUACGGCGGCGGAUACGACGACGACGACGGCGACUAUUGAUUGACGCCGGUCGGCCAUUUGUACGUUUGGAUCGAGAAUUUGAGAGCCUCCAUCUGUCGCGAUUAAAUUAAGCUAGCUUCUCGGUGGAUCUGUUUUAAUUUCCUCGAUCUGCUUGUUGGUGUUGUUCUUAAGUUAAUUGUGACUUGAUUAUGAGACUA